GGGGUGAGAGAGAGAGAGAGAGAGAGAGAGAGAGAGAGGUGUCAGCUGGUCGGAAAGUGCGGGGUGAGACCAGUGCGUGUGUUUGGACGUGUCCAAGUGUGAGUGCGCGUCUAUGUGUGUGUGUGCGUGUGCGUGUAUGUGCGCGAGGAAAGCACUUCGAGGUGGGGGUGGGGGGACAAGGUGAAGACAACAGAGCCGCGGACCGGACGGACGGACGGACGGAGUGAGUGAGUUGAGCAUUUUUGCGUGGACUGUCCAGUCCAGUCGAAGUGCACCGGGUCCCGCUCCUGUCCCGCUCCCAGUCCCGGGACACGGUUCCUCCUCAGCAGCGUCCUGUCCUCUCAUUACCGGUGCUGCUGGUGAGACCUGUCAAUCCCCCACAGAGGAAACACUGAAGGAACACCAUGGCCUUAGCGGGAUGUCCUGACUACUUCUUACGGCAUCCAAACUACCAGGAAAGCAUGGAUCGCACUUCCUCUCGCCGGCCUGACGAGCUGAUUGUUCCAGGCUUUCAGCAUUCAGCCAAUCAAAAUCUGCCACAUCACCAUGAUGAUGAUGUGGACCUGGAGCAACUGGUGAACGACAUGAACUCCUCCAUGGAGAGUGUGUACUCCACACAGGCAGACACGGCACUGCUCCUGAACAAUGGCCACAUGCACACUCCACACUACCACCAACAACAACACCACCACCAUGCGCAUGCCGCCUAUCCAGGACAUGGCCAGCAGGCCCACCGUCGUCACACCCCGCCCCUGCACCCGUCCUCCCCCUCCAGGGAGAAGCUGCGACACUCUCAGCCCAUGCACAUCCAGGCUGUCAGGUGCCUGCAGGAAGAGCAGCAGCAGCUGCGUCCAGCCUCACUGCCAGCCAUCCCCAACCCUUUCCCGGAGCUCUGCAGCCCAGCAGGCUCUCCUGUCCUCAGCCCCAUACAGACCACUGACAACCAUCUCCAGUGCGUAACUUCCAGCAACAAGAAGUCCAUCCAAGAAGAACGAUUCUUGGAUGGACAACAGGCAUUUAUCCAUCCAAUCAAACUGCUGAACAAGUGGGUUGUUUUGAGCAGUACAAUUCACUUGUAUACAGUUGUAGCUCGGCUCGUCAUGCGUUAAUCAGCAACAUUUUGCAAAAGAAAUGUCUUAAAAUUCCAACAUUUGGCAGAGGAGUCUGGUGUAUUUAGCGACAGCACUGCUGAAAGCCGCAUCACGACCCGUUGUAGUCGUAUUUAGGUUCAGUGAUUGUCAAAUGAACUGAUUCUAAUGAUUCAGUUACACCGAAAACAACUGCUUUGCUUGUCACUAGUUUGUGUUUGUUUGUUUCAAAACGAGUGGAAAACGGCGUGUGCCUGAAAAGGCUGCAACUAACGAUU